GGCGGCGGAAAGCGGAAGUCGCCUCGCGGCGGGCGCCGGCGGUGCACCUGGUGGCGGGGACCGCCCGCCGGGGGAGCCGCGAUGCCGAGCCCGCAGCUGCUGGUGCUGUUCGGCAGCCAGACGGGCACGGCCCAGGAUGUGGCGGAGAGGCUGGGCCGCGAGGCCCGGCGCCGGAGGCUCGGCUGCCGCGUGCAGGCGCUGGACUCCUACGCGGUGGUGAACCUGAUCAACGAGCGCCUGGUGGUAUUUGUUUGUGCAACUGCAGGCCAGGGAGACCCCCCGGACAACAUGAAGCCGGGCUCUCACAGCUCCCUGCGGCUUCAGAACUUCUGGAGGUUCCUGUUCCGGAAGCGCCUGCCGCCCACCUCCCUCUGCCAGAUGGACUUCGCCGUCCUGGGCCUUGGGGACUCCUCCUACGCCAAGUUCAACUUCGUGGCCAAGAAGCUGUACCGCCGGCUGCUGCAGCUGGGUGGCAGCGCGUUGCUGCCCGCCUGCCUGGGCGAUGACCAGCACGAGCUGGGGCCUGAUGCCGCCAUCGACCCCUGGCUGCAGAGCCUGUGGGAGAAGGUACUGGGGCUGUACCCCGUGCCCGCCGGCCUCGCCGUGAUCCCCCCGGGAGUCCCCCUGCCCUCCAAGUUCACCUUGCAGUUCCUUCAGGAGGGCUCCAGCGUGGGCUCGGAGGAGCCCCGCGAGGCUGGUGCUGACCCUCAGGGGCCGCCCACAGAGCUGCGGCCCUUCCUGGCGCCCAUGGUCACCAACCAGAGGGUCACCGGCCCCUCACACUUCCAGGACGUCCGCCUGAUAGAGUUUGACAUCACGGGCUCUGGCAUCAGCUUUGCCGCCGGUGACGUGGUGCUGAUCCAGCCCUCCAACACCGCCGACCACGUCCAGCGGUUCUGCCAGGUACUGGGCCUGGACCCCAACCAGCGCUUCUGGCUGCGGCCGCAGGAGCCAGGUACCCCCGGCCUGGAGGGGCUGCCGCAGCCCUGCUCCGUUGGGCACCUGGUGUCGCGGUACCUGGACAUCGCCAGCGUGCCCCGCCGCUCCUUCUUCGAGCUCCUGGCCUGUCUGUCCCCGCACGAGCUGGAGCGGGAGAAGCUGCAGGAGUUCUCGUCGGCGUCCGGCCAGGAGCAGCGCCACGAGUACUGCUCCCGGCCCCGCCGCACCAUCCUGGAGGUGCUGUGUGACUUCCCCCACACCGCGGGCGCCAUCCCCCCGGACUACCUGCUGGACCUCAUCCCCCUGAUCCGCCCUCGCCCCUUCUCCAUCGCCUCCUCGCUGCUGGUGCACCCGGCGCGGCUGCAGAUCCUGGUGGCCGUGGUGCAGUACCGGACCCGCCUCAAGGAGCCGCGCCGGGGCCUCUGCUCCUCCUGGCUGGCGUCCCUGGACCCUGGACAAGGACCUGUACAGGUGCCCCUGUGGGUGCGGCCUGGCAGCCUGGCCUUCCCAGAGACGGCAGACACGCCCGUGGUCAUGGUGGGGGCUGGCACCGGUGUGGCCCCGUUCCGGGCAGCUGUCCAGGAGCGUGUGGCCCAGGGCCGCACAGGGAACUGCUUGUUUUUCGGCUGCCGCUUGAGGGACCAGGACUUCUACUGGGAGGCUGAGUGGCGGCUCUUGGAGAAGAGGGGCUGCCUGACCUUGGUCACCGCCUUCUCCCGGGAGCAGGAGCACAAAGUGUACGUGCAGCACCGGCUCCGGGACUUGGGGCCCCUGGUGUGGGAGCUGCUGGACCGCCGUGGGGCCUGCUUCUACCUGGCAGGCAAUGCCAAGCACCUGCCGACAGAGGUCUCCGAGGCCCUGGCCGCCAUCUUCCAGGAGGAGGGCGGGCUCUCCGGCCCUGAGGCUGCCGCCUACCUCGCCAGGCUCCAGGCGACGCGGCGCUUCCAGACGGAGACCUGGGCCUGACCUGCUUCCCCCCCCAGCCGCUCCCUGGCCCCGUCGGACCCCAGUCCUUGUCACACUGCCGGCCAGGACGGUGGCUCCUCACAGCCACGCCCCGGUUGUCCCCGGCUGCCCCACCCCCCAGCCACAGCCCCGUCCACAUCCUCCGCCUAUCAGGUGGUGCCCUGAGCCACGGCACCCUGCACGGGAACGGCGACCCGGAGGCACCCGAUGGCUCGGGAGCCCAGCAGCCCACCACCGCCUCUGCCUCCUGCCAGUCCUGUCAGCCUGCAGGGACGGUGCCACCCCAGGCUCAGUGCAGACCCCAGCCUCCCGAGGGACAGCGGGGCCAGGGCAGUAAACCGCAGCCUCUGACCACU